AUGAGGCAGGCGAAUCCAAGUUUCAUUGGGAGAAUCAAGCAAGAUGUUAUGUUCUUAAAGAAUCAAAAGAAGGUGAGGCUGAGGAGGAAAAGUCUAAAGCAUACAUUGCAAGCCUCACUUCAAAAGGAAUUCAAGUACAAGUGGAUGCAAGGGCUUCAGUUUCAAAGAAGGCCCCCAAUGCAGGAGGCGGCAGUGGUAGAUGUGGUGGUGUUGCAUUGUGAGAGAGUGAUUUAGGUGGCAACCAACUACAUGGCACCUAAUAUUUGCUCUACCCAUAGCAACCAACUACAAUAGGUUGAUUUGUGGAAUUAUGAAAUCGGUGGCUUCUCCAUUUCGGUACUUCAAUAUUUCGAUCGUUUUUGUCCCAUACCAUGUUAUGUGACAUUUGAAAUCUUUGAUUAUUAAAGGAGAAAGCAAAACUAUUAAGUUCUCCCGACUCCUGAAUAAAUAUCGCGUUAUUUUCACAUUGUAUGUAUGA